CGCGAUUGAUAGGAAAAUUUUAAAAGUCCCAAAUAUUUACACACAUUUCUCGAGUUUUUAAGUUUAAAAGCGAAAUUUAAUCAAGAUGCCGAAGCCAAUCGCAAGUCAGGAGGAUGAAGAUCCCACCCCUUACUUGUUCGUGUCUUUGGAACAAAGACGUAUCGAUCAAUCGAAACCCUAUGACUCGAAGAAGAACUGCUGGGUGCCCGAUGAGAAGGAGGGUUAUCUCCUUGGUGAAAUCAAGGCCACCAAGGGUGAUAUCGUCUCCGUUGGCUUGCCUGGUGGAGAGACAAGAGACUUCAAGAAAGAUCAGCUCCAGCAAGUGAACCCUCCAAAAUACGAAAAAGCCGAGGAUAUGUCUAACUUGACAUACCUUAACGAUGCCUCUGUGCUCCAUAACUUGAGACAGAGAUACUACAACAAGCUCAUCUAUACCUACUCAGGUCUUUUCUGCGUUGCCAUCAAUCCUUACAAGCGCUACCCUGUGUAUACCAACCGUUGCGCUAAGAUGUACCGUGGCAAGCGCCGUAAUGAAGUGCCACCCCAUAUUUUCGCCAUCUCUGAUGGUGCCUACGUGGACAUGUUGACCAAUCACGUUAAUCAAUCUAUGUUGAUUACCGGUGAGUCUGGUGCCGGUAAGACUGAGAACACCAAGAAGGUAAUUGCUUACUUCGCCACCGUUGGUGCAUCGACCAAGAAGGAUGAGUCACAGAAGAACAAGGGUUCCCUGGAAGAUCAGGUUGUGCAAACUAACCCUGUGCUUGAGGCUUUCGGUAACGCUAAGACCGUGCGUAACGAUAACUCUUCCCGUUUCGGUAAAUUCAUCCGUAUUCACUUCGGUCCCACUGGUAAACUGGCUGGUGCUGAUAUUGAGACUUAUCUGUUGGAGAAGGCUCGUGUCAUCUCUCAGCAAUCUCUGGAGCGUUCUUACCACAUUUUCUACCAGAUCAUGUCUGGCUCCGUGGCCGGUGUGAAAGACAUUUGUCUGUUGACCGAUAACAUCUACGAUUACCACAUUGUAUCCCAGGGCAAGGUUACUGUGCCCAGUAUCGAUGAUGCUGAGGAAUUCUCCCUCACAGAUCAAGCCUUCGACAUCUUGGGCUUCACCAAGCAAGAGAAGGAGGAUGUGUACAGAAUCACCGCCGCUGUCAUGCACAUGGGUGGCAUGAAGUUCAAGCAACGUGGUCGCGAGGAGCAGGCUGAACAGGAUGGUGAAGAGGAGGGUGGUCGUGUAUCGAAAUUGUUCGGUUGCGAUACCGCUGAGUUGUACAAGAACUUGUUGAAGCCCCGCAUCAAGGUCGGUAACGAGUUCGUCACCCAGGGUCGUAACGUCCAACAGGUCACCAACUCGAUCGGUGCCCUCUGCAAGGGUGUGUUCGAUCGUCUCUUCAAAUGGCUGGUCAAGAAGUGUAACGAGACUCUGGAUACUCAGCAGAAGCGUCAGCAUUUCAUUGGUGUGCUGGAUAUUGCUGGUUUUGAAAUCUUCGAUUACAACGGUUUCGAGCAACUGUGUAUUAACUUCACCAACGAGAAGUUGCAACAAUUCUUCAACCAUCACAUGUUCGUUUUGGAGCAAGAAGAAUACAAGCGUGAAGGCAUUGAUUGGGCCUUCAUUGAUUUCGGUAUGGACUUGUUGGCCUGUAUCGAUUUGAUUGAAAAGCCUAUGGGUAUCUUGUCCAUCCUGGAAGAAGAGUCUAUGUUCCCCAAGGCCACCGAUCAGACCUUCUCGGAGAAGCUGACCAACACCCAUUUGGGUAAAUCAGCUCCAUUCCAGAAGCCCAAGCCUCCAAAGCCCGGCCAGCAGGCUGCCCACUUUGCCAUUGGCCAUUAUGCUGGUGUUGUCGCCUAUAACAUCACCGGUUGGUUGGAGAAGAACAAGGAUCCUUUGAACGACACUGUUGUCGAUCAGUUCAAGAAGUCGCAGAACAAGCUGCUUAUCGAAAUCUUUGCUGAUCAUGCUGGUCAGUCUGGUGGCGGUGAACAGGCUAAGGGCGGUCGUGGCAAGAAGGGCGGUGGCUUCGCUACUGUCUCAUCGGCCUACAAGGAGCAGUUGAACAGCUUGAUGACCACUCUGCGUUCCACACAGCCUCACUUCGUCCGUUGCAUCAUUCCCAACGAAAUGAAGCAGCCUGGUCUUGUUGAUGCUCACUUGGUUAUGCACCAGCUGACAUGUAACGGUGUGCUUGAAGGUAUCCGUAUUUGCCGUAAAGGUUUCCCCAACAGAAUGGUCUACCCCGAUUUCAAGAUGCGCUACCAAAUCCUGAACCCCAAGGGUAUCAAGGGUCUUGAUGAUCCCAAGAAAUGCACGAAGAUCCUUAUCGAAUCGACCGAAUUGAACGAUGAUCAAUACCGUUUGGGUAACACAAAGGUGUUCUUCCGUGCCGGUGUCCUGGGUCAGAUGGAGGAGUUCCGUGAUGAGCGUUUGGGCAAGAUUAUGUCCUGGAUGCAAGCCUGGGCUCGUGGUUACUUGUCCCGCAAGGGCUUCAAGAAGCUGCAAGAACAGCGUGUUGCCCUCAAGGUUGUGCAACGCAACUUGCGCAAAUACUUGCAACUGCGUACCUGGCCAUGGUACAAACUGUGGCAGAAGGUCAAGCCUUUGCUCAACGUCAGCCGUAUUGAGGAUGAAAUUGCCCGUCUGGAGGAGAAGGCAAAGAAGGCUGAGGAAUUGCAUGCCGCUGAAGUGAAAGUACGCAAGGAGUUGGAGGCUCUCAAUGCCAAAUUGUUGGCUGAGAAGACCGCCCUGUUGGACUCCCUGUCCGGCGAGAAGGGUCAGUUGCAGGACUUCCAGGAGCGCAACGCUAAGUUGACCGCCCAGAAGAACGACCUCGAGAACCAGCUGCGCGACAUCCAAGAGCGCCUGACUCAGGAGGAAGAUGCCCGCAACCAACUGUUCCAACAGAAGAAGAAGGCCGACCAGGAGAUCUCUGGCUUGAAGAAGGAUAUCGAAGAUCUGGAAUUGAACAUCCAGAAGGCCGAGCAAGACAAGGCCACCAAGGAUCACCAGAUCCGCAACUUGAACGACGAGAUCGCCCACCAGGAUGAGCUCAUCAACAAGUUGAACAAGGAGAAGAAGAUGCAGGGUGAGACCAACCAGAAGACUGGUGAGGAACUCCAGUCCGCUGAGGACAAGAUUAACCACUUGAACAAGGUUAAGGCCAAGCUCGAACAGACCCUCGAUGAACUCGAGGACUCUCUGGAGCGUGAGAAGAAGGUGCGCGGUGAUGUUGAGAAGUCCAAGCGCAAGGUUGAGGGUGACCUUAAGUUGACUCAGGAGGCUGUCGCUGAUCUUGAGCGCAACAAGAAGGAGUUGGAACAGACCAUCCAACGCAAGGACAAGGAAUUGUCUUCCAUCACUGCCAAGCUCGAGGAUGAGCAAGUUGUUGUUGGCAAGCACCAGCGCCAGAUCAAGGAACUGCAAGCCCGCAUCGAAGAGCUCGAGGAAGAGGUUGAGGCUGAGCGUCAAGCUCGCGCCAAGGCCGAGAAACAGCGUGCCGAUUUGGCCCGCGAAUUGGAGGAAUUGGGCGAGCGUCUGGAAGAGGCUGGCGGUGCCACCUCUGCCCAGAUUGAGCUCAACAAGAAGCGUGAGGCUGAGCUCAGCAAAUUGCGUCGUGAUCUUGAGGAAGCCAACAUCCAGCAUGAGUCUACCCUCGCCAACCUGCGCAAGAAGCACAACGAUGCUGUCGCUGAGAUGGCCGAGCAAGUUGAUCAGCUCAACAAGCUGAAGGCUAAGGCUGAGAAGGAGAAGAACGAGUACUACGGCCAAUUGAACGAACUGCGUGCCGGUGUUGACCACAUUACCAACGAGAAGGCUGCCCAAGAAAAGAUUGCCAAGCAGUUGCAGCACACCCUCAACGAAGUCCAAUCCAAAUUGGAUGAGACCAACCGCACUCUGAACGACUUCGAUGCCAGCAAGAAGAAGUUGUCCAUUGAGAACUCCGAUCUGUUGCGCCAGCUGGAGGAAGCCGAAUCCCAGGUUUCGCAGUUGUCCAAGAUCAAGAUCUCCCUGACCACCCAGUUGGAAGAUACCAAGCGUCUGGCUGAUGAGGAAUCUCGCGAGCGCGCCACUUUGUUGGGCAAGUUCCGCAACUUGGAGCACGACCUCGACAACCUGCGCGAACAGGUUGAGGAGGAGGCUGAGGGUAAGGCUGAUUUGCAGCGUCAAUUGAGCAAGGCCAACGCCGAAGCCCAGGUCUGGCGUAGCAAGUACGAAUCGGACGGUGUUGCCCGUUCCGAGGAGUUGGAGGAAGCCAAGAGGAAGUUGCAGGCCCGUUUGGCUGAGGCUGAAGAGACCAUUGAGUCCCUCAACCAGAAGUGCAUUGGUCUGGAGAAGACCAAGCAGCGUCUGUCCACUGAAGUGGAGGAUCUGCAAUUGGAAGUGGACCGUGCCAACGCCAUUGCCAACGCCGCCGAGAAGAAGCAGAAGGCAUUCGACAAGAUCAUUGGCGAAUGGAAACUCAAGGUCGAUGAUUUGGCCGCUGAAUUGGAUGCUUCCCAGAAGGAGUGCCGCAACUACUCCACUGAAUUGUUCCGUCUCAAGGGUGCCUAUGAGGAGGGACAGGAGCAGCUUGAGGCUGUGCGUCGUGAGAACAAGAACUUGGCUGAUGAAGUCAAGGAUCUGCUUGACCAGAUCGGUGAGGGUGGCCGCAACAUCCACGAAAUCGAGAAGGCUCGCAAGCGUCUUGAAGCCGAAAAGGAUGAACUCCAGGCUGCUUUGGAAGAGGCUGAGGCCGCUCUUGAGCAGGAGGAGAACAAGGUUCUGCGCGCUCAAUUGGAAUUGUCCCAAGUCCGCCAGGAAAUCGAUCGCCGUAUCCAGGAGAAGGAAGAGGAAUUCGAGAACACCCGCAAGAACCACCAGCGCGCUCUCGACUCCAUGCAGGCCUCCCUCGAAGCCGAAGCCAAGGGCAAGGCUGAGGCCCUGCGCAUGAAGAAGAAGUUGGAAGCCGACAUCAACGAAUUGGAGAUUGCUCUGGAUCAUGCCAACAAGGCUAACGCCGAGGCCCAGAAGAACAUCAAGCGCUACCAACAGCAGUUGAAGGAUAUCCAGACCGCUCUGGAGGAAGAACAGCGUGCCCGCGAUGAUGCCCGUGAACAGUUGGGCAUCUCUGAGCGUCGUGCCAAUGCUCUGCAGAACGAACUCGAGGAGUCCCGCACUCUGUUGGAGCAGGCCGACCGUGGCCGUCGCCAAGCCGAACAGGAAUUGGCCGAUGCCCACGAGCAGUUGAACGAAGUUUCUGCCCAGAACGCUUCCAUCUCUGCUGCCAAGAGGAAAUUGGAGUCUGAGCUCCAGACCCUCCACUCCGACUUGGAUGAGCUCCUGAACGAAGCCAAGAACUCCGAAGAGAAGGCCAAGAAGGCUAUGGUUGAUGCCGCCCGCCUGGCUGAUGAACUCCGUGCCGAGCAGGAUCAUGCCCAGACCCAGGAGAAAUUGAGAAAGGCCCUGGAACAGCAAAUCAAGGAAUUGCAAGUCCGUCUGGAUGAGGCUGAGGCCAACGCCCUUAAGGGUGGCAAGAAGGCCAUUCAGAAGUUGGAGCAACGCGUCCGCGAAUUGGAGAACGAAUUGGACGGUGAGCAGCGCCGUCAUGCUGAUGCCCAGAAGAACCUGCGCAAGUCCGAGCGUCGCGUCAAGGAAUUGAGCUUCCAGUCUGAGGAGGACCGCAAGAACCACGAGCGCAUGCAAGAUCUGGUCGACAAACUGCAACAGAAGAUCAAGACAUACAAGAGGCAGAUUGAGGAAGCCGAGGAAAUCGCUGCCCUCAACUUGGCCAAAUUCCGCAAGGCCCAGCAGGAGCUCGAGGAAGCCGAGGAGCGUGCCGAUCUGGCUGAGCAGGCAAUUAGCAAAUUCCGUGCCAAGGGACGUGCCGGUUCGGUUGGACGUGGUGCCAGCCCAGCGCCGACAGCGUCAAAGGGUGGCCGCAAAGGCGCGCUGCUGGAGCUGGAGUAAGAAUUUAACAGUUAAAACAAAGAUAAAUGCCAAAAAAAGAAAGAAACAAAAAAUUUAAAGAAUACCAAAGUAUAACUCAUCUAGAAAUCUUUUGAAACAUUUCCCCGUGCGACGUCCGUUAGGCCACAAUUCGACGGUUUGGCUUUCCCACCCAGAUUCGACCUUGCUCCUGAAAACGAAUUCUAAAUGCCAUUUCAACAAUUUUUUAUUUUAAACAAUUUUUUAAUUUAAA